AUACUUUACAACGCCUCUCUCCACCUGCCUCGUACGGUGACGUGAUGCGACACGAAUGCAGCUGUGAGAGACAAUGCUCAUUAAUUACAGUGCAUCAUCUGUCAGCUCACAAGUUCAGUCGCUGACUGAGAUUCAUCUCAUUGCUGUGACAUUAAAGAGAUCAUCUGCCACCGAGACGAACACCGCCGACACAAAAUGGCCUUUUUUCAAAAUCAAGGGGACGGUCAACAAGACCCACUCGCUGGCUUCUUCCAAGGCCCCGCGACAGGGGGGCAGGACUGCUCUGGGGGUGGCGACGGGAGCCAUAGGCCUGGAGGCAGGCAGGAUAAAGAUGAUCACCAUGGAAGAGACGAUUUCCAGAGAAGAGAAGAUCGCCAUGGAGGUGAUCACCAUGACCAAAGAGAAGAUCGCCAUGGAGGUGAUCACGAUGACCACCAGAGACGAUGCAGUCCUGACCGAGACCAUCGCCAGCACAGGAGCAGCCACAGCCCUGACCGAGACCAGGAUCAGUGCAGGGACAGAGGCAGCCCUGAUCGCCGUGGCCGUGACCGUGACCACAGCCCUCAUCGCAGAGGAAGCCCUGGCCGUGACCACAGCCCUCAUCGCAGAGGAAGCCCUGGCCGUGACCACAGCCCUCAUCGUAGCAAAAGCCGUGACCGUGACCACAGCCCUCAUCGUAGGGGAAGCCGCGGCCGUGACCGCCCUCAUCGUAGCGGAAGCCGCGGCCGUGACCACAGUGGUGGCAGCCAUGGAAGCUGCGGCAGUGGCAGUGGCAGUGGCAGCGGCAGCGAUGACGGGCACGGCGGUCGUCGCAAAAAAGGCGGGCGCAAACAUGGCCAUGGCCCUGGGCGUGGUUGUGGACGUGGACGAGGACGCCGCUAGAGAGGUGAAUACAGGCUGCAGAUUCACUGACGACCACGCCUUGUGUGAAACUCGAUCUGCCGUCCAGCCAUGAAAACGUUUAACUCUGCAUUUUUGCUCUUAUAUGAAAUAAAACAUUAUGAAGACAUGAA